AUGCCCGCCUGGCUAUCCUCCCUCCCGACAAUCCUCACUCUGACGCUUGCAACCUUGGCGAGCGCAGAUUUUGGUCCCCGAAAUCAAUCCACCGAUCACGAUAACGGCCUCCUUGGUACCUUCCCAACGGAAACUUACCGAUCCUCGCCCCUGAUCGGGCCAUCGCUUAGUUACAUUCAGGACAGUUUGCUCUGCCACGAUGGGUUAUAUACGUUGCUUGCGCCGCGGGGUAGUGAAGUGCGAACCCCGGGCCCGAUGAUUAUCGAUAAUGAUGGGCAUUUGGUCUGGACAAGUACAGGGUAUGGGAAUACGCAUGCGGUUGGAAUAUAUGAGUUCAAGGGAGAGGGGUAUUUGGGGUUCGGGGUGGAGAAUAGUGGGUUGAAGGGAUUUGGGGAUGGGGUUUAUUAUCUGCUCGAUUCUUCCUAUGAAGAAGUUUAUACAAUCAAAGGCGCCAAUGGGUUCCGCGUGGACUUACGUGAAUUCCACAUCACUCGCGACGAGACCGCGGUUAUCACAGCAUACCAGAUCAAACCUGCCGAUUUACGAUCCGUUGGCGGCCCCCAAGACGGCCGAAUCUAUGAUAGCAUUGUGCAAGAAAUCAGCAUCGAGACAGGGGAAAUACUCUUCCAAUGGCGGGCUUCAGAAUAUGUCGAUAUCACCCAAGUACCGCGUACACUGAACAGAGAAGCAGGAACAUACGUCGACCACGAAGGGCGGCAAGCAUGGGAUUUCUUUCACAUCAGCAGCAUCGAUAAGGACAGCAAGGGCAACUUUCUCAUUUCGUCUUCUUCGACCAAUGCCCUGAGCUACAUUGACGGCAGUACUAAGAAGAUUCUCUGGAAUUUGGGCGGCCAAAACAACAGCUUCAACGACCUUUCUGGCGGAAUAGCGACUCAGUUCAGUGGCCAACACCAUGCACGCUUCCAUGAUGAUAAUGCAAUCACCCUCUUAGACAAUAACGUCAAUGCCGCUGACGGUCCCAGUCGAGGCCUCUACCUUACCCUCGACUACGACCAAAUGACCGUCUCCCUCCUCCACGCCUACACACCGUCCACCAACAUUCACAGCUCAGAAGGCGGCUCCCUCCAGCUCCUCCCAACCGGCAACAUCCUCCAAAGCUACGGCCUAAACCCCGCCUGGACCGAAUUCAGCAUCAACGGCAACAUCCUCUGCCACGUACAUUUCGGUGCCGCAACGUCCUUUGGCUCAGCCAAAGUUCUCUCAGACCGCAUCGCCAAAGGCCCCUGGACCGGCCUCCCAAAAACAAGCCCCGAUAUCGCCCUCUACGGCUACGAAGCCGCAGUAAGCUGGAACGGCGCAACAACAAUAACAACCUACAUCCUCGAAGGAACCAACGACCCCGAACUGGACAAAAAACAAGCCACCUACACCCGCGACCACCCGCCCCCCACUGACCUGAAGGACAAAAACAAGCCCCCAGAGCUUACUUUCUUAUCCGCAACGCCCAAAUCGGGGUUUGAAACUAUCCUCCCCAUCCCUAAUACCUUUCCCGCGGGGAGUUAUCUGCGCGUCCGCGCAUUAAACAAAUACGGCCACGUCAUUGGUAUAACAAAGCUCACGUACUGGGAUCCAGACGCCGACCAGCCAAUCGUAGGCAUCGGUGGUCCUGCGUCCCCAGGACCCGAUCUACGACCCGUCGGCUACUUCGUGGGCGGGUUUUCUGUUGCCCUUGUGCUUGCUGUGGGGGUGUGGUUGAUGAGGAGGCGGAUUGCGGCGAGGAGGGUAUAUGGGCGUUUACAGAAACGUAGACGCGGUUAUGGUCAUCAUGAUGAUAGUGAAAAUGAUGAAUGGGAUAGUGAGAGGGUUGGAUAUGGAGGGGGGUGGGAUGAUGGGGAUGAAGAGUUGAGUGAUGCGGAGUUGAUUGAUGCGGUUGAGUUUUCGUUGCUUGGGGGGGAGGCGUUGAGGGCGAGGGGAGUUAGGGGGUUGGAGGAUAGUGAUGAGAGCGAUUGCGAGAUGGGGAAGGUUUAG